UGCCCAUCAGUGCCACGUGCCAGUGCCCAUCAGUGCCACCCAUCAGUGCCAGUCAGUGUCACCUAUCAAUGCCAAUCAGUGCCACCUAUAAGUGCUGCCAAUCAGUGCCACCUAUCAGUGCCAGUCAGUGUUGCCUAUCAGUGCGCAUCAGUGCUGCCUAUCAGUGCCAGUCAGUGCCUAUCAGUGCCAGUCAGUGCCGCCUAUCAGUGCCAGUCAGUGCCGCCUAUCAGUGCAAUAUAUCAGUGUCAUGUAUCAGUGCUGUCUUUCAG